CUUCUAACUCGUUUCAUGGCGGCGACGGCGGCGGCGGCGGUGUCGGUGGUGUCGGGGACGACGCGGUGGUGCCCGACGCCGGAGCAGCUCAUGAUCCUGGAGGAGAUGUACCGGGGCGGCCUGCGCACGCCCAACUCCACGCAGAUCCAGCAGAUCACGGCGCACCUCGCCCACUACGGCCGCAUCGAGGGCAAGAACGUCUUCUACUGGUUCCAGAACCACAAGGCCCGCGACCGCCAGAAGCUCCGCAGGCGCCUCUGCAUGAGCCACCACCUCCUCUCAUGCGCUCACUACUACGCCGCGGCCAACGCCGGCCACCAUCACCACCUCCUUGGCGCCGUGGCUCCCAUGCAGCAGCAGCACCAGCCGCAGUACUACUCCGCGUCCUGCGCCGGCGGCGGGUUCGACCAGCACCUGCUCCCCGCCGCAGUUCCGGCCCCGGCGGCUUACGCCGCUGCUGGGUACGGCUACCCGGCGUUUGCUGCGGCCACGGCGCCGACGACGAGCCGGUGUGCCCCCGGCGUCAACCCCUCGCCGCAGAACCCACUUUCGUCGACGUCCUUCAGCUACCAGGGAGGAGGCGGAUCGCCGGAGUACUCGCUGGGGAGGCUGGGAAGCUUCGGGGUGGUGGUGGAGGAGGACACGUGCCGGUCGUCGCGCUACGAGCAGCAGCUGCCGGUGCAGAUGGAAGACGCCGCGCCGGCGGCGACGGGGAUGUUCUGCAGGCCGCUCAAGACGCUCGACCUCUUCCCCGGCGCGAUCAAGGAGGAGCAGCGCGACGUCGUCUAGCCUAAUUAGCUACCCCCGAUAUAUGCGCAUGCAUCCGGGCCAGUAGUAGCGCAGUACACACUAGCAGUAGCAGUUCAGUACGUCGUAUGUAGUAGAGCAGCCCGUACUUGCACGCGCGUAGCAGCAGUACGUAGCACACCGAGAGAUCCUGGUAGGUUUGUAGUCAUGUUCAUUUCCAUCAUGUUUAGUUGAUUAAUCAAACGUUUGUGUCAUUCGAUUAUA